UGCUCUUCCCAGGAACUCAGUGAAGGGAAAAUAGAAAUCUUAAUUUUGGGGAAAUUGCACAGGGGAAAAGGGGAGGGAAUCAGUUACAACACCCCAUUGCGACACUCAGCACAGUUGAAAGUGACAACAGCAAGAGUUUCUCAUUUUGGAAAUGUGAGGGCAUUUCCGUUUCUCAGAGUAGGACAGGGCGGCUUGGGUGAGUGACUAUUUUCUUUAUAAGCGGCACCUCAGGGCCCGAAAUGGCAGUGUCGUGUUGUCUCGCUGCGGCCGCAGAAUGGAAACCGGCAGGUGUCCCCUCAGUUACCUGAUCUCUUUCCUCCUUUUCCUGUUCCAUUCAGAGACAGCCUGCCAUCCCUUGGGGAAGAGACCUUGCAAGAUGCAAGCCUUCAGAAUCUGGGAUAUUAACCAGAAGACCUUCUACCUGAGGAAUAACCAACUCGUCGCUGGAUACUUGCAAGGAUCAAAUACUAAAUUGGAAGAGAAGUUAGACGUGGUGCCCAUUGAGCCUCAUGCCGUGUUCCUGGGGAUCCAUGGGGCGAAGCUGUGCCUGGCCUGCGUCAAGUCCGGUGAUGAGACCAAGCUCCAGCUGGAGGCAGUUAACAUCACUGACCUGAGUAAGCACAAGGAUCAAGACAAGCGCUUCUCCUUCAUCCUCUCGGAUAGCGGGCCCACCACCAGCUUCGAGUCCGCCGCCUGCCCCGGCUGGUUCCUCUGCACAGCACUCGAGGCCGACCAGCCCGUCAGCCUCACCAACACGCCCCAAGAGGCCAUGACGGUCACCAAGUUCUACUUCCAGAAGGACUAGUGGUGGGUCCAUGCCGCACGUCCCCCAUGCCCAGCACACCGAUGACCCCAGAGACGCCUCUCCACCCUGCCCGGGGCCUCCUGGCUGUCGUGGGGGCUCAGAGGAGCAGCCUUGGUGGGGCAGACCUCGGAAGGAUGGCCGAGAGCCCCGGUAACAGGACUCUGUCACCAGCCUCCUCAGCUAAGCAACCUCGACGCUGCCUCCACGGUGGUCUUUCUAUCGUGCAGCUCAAGCCACCGCACUGCCCCAGGCCUUUCAGCGCUGCCCGUGAUGCCAGCUUUCUGGAUGAAAGGCAGGCCGCUCGGCCCGCCUGGGCCCCCUCUGCUCUCCUCUCCCUGACUCCUCAGCCUCCUCCCUCGCCCCGUGGCCGCGUCCCAGAUCCCUCACGCCCCUCGCUGGCCUCCCAAACCUUGUUUUGCCAACUGAUGCCGUUCUGUGGGGAAAACUUUUAGAGUCUGUGCCACAAUGGAAGAGAAGGAUUUCCUUUCUCUUUUAAGCCAGCUUCAUCCAAUUUGAAGGCGAGUCCUUUCUUUAGAGACUGUGUCCUUUCUGGAAAGGGGGCGAGGGAGGGUGGAAGGAGCUCUCCCUUUUGAUUUCCCUCUCUUCUUUUUGUAACGCCCUACCGUGCAAAAAUGCGAAGUUAGUGUGUUAUGUUGGUCCCUAGUUUUUUUUUCUUUCUGUGACGUUCCUAAAGUCUGGCCCCCACUGCUCAGGCCGGGCACCAUUUCCACUCCAGACCUCGUACAGUGCCCGCCGCGCUUUUCCUCCCCCAGCUCCCCCAUCAGAAGCUCCCAGCUCCCAGGGCAGCACAACUGCGGCUCCCCUGGGGCUCCUUGCAGGUUUCCUGGGAGGGAGGAAUGGCUCUUGGACCGUUUUAGCCCUUCGGACACUCUGAGACUUGUGCCUCCGCCCGUGUCCCGCCGCAGACGGAGCUCCCGAGAGCAGGGAGCGUGAUGACCCGUGUGUGUUUCGGACCCUCAGCACGUGCUCCGUGAACGUGUGUUCUGUGUGUUGAGCAGAAAGGUUCCUACUCCCUGUGACUGAAGCUGUUUUACAAUAAAAUCUUGAAAACUCA